AUGAAGCGUGCAACAACGCCAUGUGCUGCAGAAGAUCGGCGGCGGAAGACCUUCGACGAACAUGUUGACCAAUUGCUAUACAAUUUUAAGGAGCAGCUUGUGCGAGCACAUGACCGCGACCUUACGUGGUUGAUGGGGUCUGGGUCGAGCGUUGGCAGCAAGAAGAUAACGCGAGAGGAUUUCAACUCGGCGGUGUUCAUGGGCUCGGCGGCUUUGUCCGAUGGGCCGUGGACCCGCAACUCACUCCCAGAGCAAUCUACGCUGCAACCGGAGCCUCCGAAAUGCAGCACUGACUCCAAUGAUGGGAUGGUCGACAGGAUAGGGAGCAUUGGCAGUUACCUGAGCUCCCGGGCUUCCCGAACUUCAAGAAGAUCAAGGUUUCGCCAGAUUGCUGCACUUGGUGAAAUAGGUUCGGACGAGGUGAUGCCGCCAACAACAAUGCCAAUGCCGACUAUACAAGGCAUGUGGCGGGCGAUGUCUACAACAUCAGCUGUUUCGCAAGGCAGCGCAACGACACUGUCAGAAGCUACGGCAAACACGGCUGUGCUGAAUUGGGCUGACAUCACAACACGUUUGUUGAUGGACAAUGAUGUCCCUAUGUUCAACCUUCACCCACGGUGGACCAACACUGCGGCAAGUACAUUGACGCCCCGCGAGCUCCGUGACUACGAUGGCGACAGCAACAUGCGAGCGUCGAGGUCGUUGGCUUCAUCAUCGAUUGGCUACGAGCCAGCUUCCCCUCCAGAGGGUUCAUGCAGAUUGUGCAUCAUGCAUCCGAACUCCAACGCCAGAUUGGCAUGGACGGUCUUGACAUUUGUGGCGUGGACCUUCGAGUUUGUAACAGUUCCCCUGGAGUUAGCCAGUGAGAUCUCCAUUUACAAUCGCCCUCUUCUUGCAUGGUGCCUCAUGGUCAUUUGGACAAUUGACAUCUUCCUGAGCUUUCGCACCGGUGUCUAUGUUGAGGGGCGUCUUCACAUGGACUGCCGAACCAUAGCGCGGGAGUAUGCCAAGUCAUGGCUGCUGCUCGAUCUGAGCGUGGUCAUCGUCGAGUACGUGGCAUUUCUCUCUCACACGCUUACAGCGUCCACAGUCUCCUUACUGCGCAGCUUCCGUUUUUUCCGGCUUGUCAAGAUGCUCCGGUUCAAGAGACUGCACUCCAUGCUGAACGAGAUCCUUUUCGAGCGGGCCAAGGUUCUAGCUGUGAACAUAUCGAUGUUCAAGACGUGUUUGGCUUACCUUGCUGGCCUCCACAUAUUGGCCUGCUUCUGGCUUUUCUUGAGAACGUCCACUGCUCGAGGGAGAGAUUACUUUGCGGAGCAUGGGGUCGUCAUCGGGGAGUUGGCGGACACUGCGCACGCCUACUUCAUCUCGGUUCACUGGGCUUUGGACUUCCUCCUGUGGUGUGAGAUUGACUUGUUGAUUGAGUCGCAAGCAGAUCAAGUGUUGGCUGCUGUGGCCCGCUUGAUCGGUUUCGUUGGCACCUCCAUCUUCCUGGCCAGGAUUGCGUUCCUGGUCCAGCAGUUUGUGGACUCGAGGUUGAACAACAUGCAAGACCUUUGCAACCACUUCUUGGAAACGCACUCCAUCUCCACCGACCUUUCUGUGCGGAUGAAGAAGUUCGUGAUUUCCUGCUACCAGCAGUCGUGGUUGGAAAGCAGGCUCCAGGAGGAGCUGGCGCUGUUCGCGAAGAUGCCAAAGGGUUUGCAGACGGAAUUGUACGAAGAGUCUCGUGGUCCAUAUCUUACAAAGUGUUGUUUCAUGUUGGAGUUCCAGGACCGUUUUCGCCCCUGCUUUCGGCAUAUUUGCGCCGAGGGUCUGACAGAGGUUGUCGCACAACGGCAAGAUGUGAUAUUCACGUCGGGUUACCACGGCGGCGCCAUGCUGUGUUUGGUGUCAGGGAUGUACAGCUACAAGCUGGCAAGGAAGCACACCUUGUUGGGACACCUGGGGCAGCUGCUGGCCCCAAAAACCUUGAGGGCAAGGCAACUGCCUCUUGGACCUGGACGAGCCGUCUGUGAGAUUGCACUUUGGACCAACUGGAUUCACACGGGCACGCUGCAGGUUCUCCAGAGCGGCUAUUACUACAUCGUGUCGGCAGAUGUGCUUGGCAACAUCAUCGCGGCGUACCCAGAAGCUCACCGCACCGCCACCGCGUAUGGGCGGCUCGUGGUGAUUCAACUGCAUCACGUGCGCAAUGAUUGCACGGACCUCACACCCCUAGAGAUCGACUUCGCAGCUCUGCGAAAGGUCACAGUCAAAUUCUUGACGGAGGGUCACAUGGUGUUUCUGUCGCACUUCAAGAAGGAAGCGGGAACGGAGGCGGCACUCAUGCAAGAUGCCUUGACGAACAAAAUCCAAACAGACCCACAUCAUCCCGCGCACUAUCUUGAACAUCCCGUUUUCCUGGAUUCGGAGAAUUUGGAAGAUCUUACAAAGCUGAGGGAUCAUAUCCAAAAGAGCCGUAACAUGGUGAUCCUGCUGACGCCGGGUAUCUUUGAGCGGCCCUGGUGCUUGGUAGAGAUCGUUUCAGCAUUCAAGCAAAACAAGAAUAUCGUUCCGGUGGAGAUUCAGAAGCCUGACAUGAAAUUCGAGUAUCCAGACGAGGACUUCCUGGCGUAUCUUUGCAGCGGUGGCUUCUUCACAGAGACCGAUAUGCAAAUCUUCGCCGUCGAGCAGAUCGAGCUGAGCGAGAUCGAGGCCGCCGUUCGACACAUCCUCACCAAGAUUUCUGUCACUUUCUCACCUCACAAAGCGAGCUCCAUCCGGGAUGUGGAGAUCAGGCUGGAACGGGAGAUCGGCUUCAGCUGCUUAAGGGCUUACGGGGAUCGGCUUCGGUUAGAUGCGCUGUUGGUAAGCAGCCGUUGCUGGGCCGUCUCCUCCUACACUGUUGCACUGAGUAUUGCCGAUCAUCAUGCCGAGGAGAUGGAGGGAAGAAGGGAAGAAGGGAAGAAGGGAAGGUGCCUUGCAAGCCCGAAGUCCGCUGCACAAGCGCUGCGCGAGCUUGCGAGGCAGAAGUCCUGGAGCUCAGCACUUCAGGCUCUUGAGGCUAUGGAGGGUGCGGGCGUUGAGGUGAAUGUCUUCCACUUGAGCAUCGUCAUGAGCGCUUGUGAGAAAGCCUCGGCCUGGCGGGAAUCCUUGGGCUUGUUCUUCGGAAGCCGCACAAAGGAUCUGGACACCGUGUGCUUUAACUCGGCCAUCAGCGCCUGUGGGAGAUGCGCGCACUGGGAAUGUGCCUUGGAGCUGCUCGACAUGCUGUGUGGAAGCUUUCAGCCCAACACCAUCAGCUACAACGCUGCCAUCAGCGCCUGCGGCAAAUCCAGCUGCUGGACAAGGGCACUUGGGACCUUUGCAGACAUGCAGAGUGCGAGGAUUGACAAAGACCGAAUCAGCCACAAUGCCGCCAUCAGUGCGUGUGAAAAAGCGGGGGAGUGGGACCGAGCCCUGACUCUGCUCUCGCGCAUGGGCCAAGAGCAGCUGGCCCCAGACGUCGUGAGCUACGGUGCGACAAUCAGCGCCUGUGAGAAGGGAAGUCAGUGGCAGCCAGCCUUGGCAGUCUUGCGCUGCAUGUUGCAAGACCGCAGUGCGCCUUCCGACAUUUGCUGGAACGCGGCAAUCAGUGCGUGCGAGAAGUGCGAGCAGUGGCAGCGUGCCUUGGUCCUCUUGUACUUAAUGCCUGCUAUGGCGCUGACACCAGAUGUUGUGAGCUUCAAUGCUGCAAUCAGUGCAUGUGAGAAAACCGGGCGCUGGGAGCAAGCUUUGGUGCUUCUGCGUGCUGCUCCUCGGGCAGGGGUCAUCACAUUCAACGCAGCCAUCAGCGCCUGUGAGCAGCUGUUCCGCAUCAUGCCACAGCCGCACCUUUGCACAGCCAUGGCGCCUCCCCGCCGCUGUCUGCUGCCGCUCACCGUGGCCGUUGCGGCCAUUGCCGUCUUGCGCAGCACGGCCUUCUGCUGGAUCUCUGGCCCGACCCUCACCCUCUCCCGGCGUCCAAGCUCUUUGUCGCAGGUGUGCCGUCAGGCCGUUGAUCCAGGUGAUUGCAAGGCCGUGCGCAGCAACGCAGUUAAUGGAGUGGUCCUGCCUGACAUGGACGCGGAUGAGCCUGCUUGGCUUUCCUUUGUGAUCUCUCGCUACUUGGAUGAGGAGUGGAUUGAGCAACCGGUGCACAAAGAGAUCGGGGAUGCUGUCGCAAAAAUCUACUCACAGGCACGUAACGAAGGUGACAAUGACCUUGUUGCCGUCCUGGCGACACUGUCCUAUGGCUUGAAGGACAUGUGGAAUUCAGCUGGCUUCACGGAAGCCUUCGAAGGCCCCGUGGACGUUGCGAACCGCGUGGCCGAACUUUUGAUGCUGCGGAUGGGCGGAGAGGUGUGGAGCUACGGCCGCAGCAACUCCGAUGUGCAGAAGAAGAUGAUGAAACGCCUCGAUGAGUACGAAGAGUUCAUCGUUGGCUUCAACCAAUUCCAUCGCCAACGUGACCACAGCCCAGCUCGGAUCCUCGGAGCCUUCUUCGGAUCCUUGGAGCCUGGGGACAUCGGCUUGCGCUGGCCCCCGAGCUUCGAAUACUUGAGCUUGGGCGCCCGCUUUUCCUUCUUCGGCGGCGCUUUUGCAUGUCUGAGGUCAGCAGGCACUGGGCUGUUGUUGUCAUGGCUUAUGUGUUACAAGCAUGGACCCCAUAUGGGCUCGGAGCUGACUCAGACUUUCCCAAGCGUUGCCCAGCAGAUGGGUGUCCCUGUGGGAAGGGUGAUCGCUGGCAGCAAGCGCUCGGGCUGCUGGAAGUCAUGCCCGCCGCUUGCCUCUGCCUUGAGCAUUCUUCAUCCUGACUUCCUUCGCUUUGACGCUUUGCACCUGAGAUCGACACCCAAGGAGUGGAGCGUCCGCCGUGACGUCAUCAGCUACAACUCCGUGCUGGCGGCAUUGAAGCGUUCUGGCCAGUGGGAGAACACCCUCCACAUCAUGCAGCAGAUGCGUGCAGCUAGUGUGCCGCUGAGAACAUCGACAUUUGCCAGGGACCCAGCCGGCCUCCAUAGCGUCCUCAGAGAGCUCCAAGACCAGCAGGAACAGCGCCAGUAUGCCUCCAAAGGAGGUGUGCCAGAUGUCCGGGAAAGAGCUGCUCAGCUGGACCCAGUGCGCAUUGUGGCCAAGGAGACUGUGUCCUUUCUUUGCAGAGAAGUUCUGCAACAGCUGUCGGUGCAGCGCAUCAGUUUGUUGCACGAUGGGAGGAAACUUCUCCCCAUGCAAGAGACGGUCGGAUCCUGCUUAAAAGACGGGGAUAUGGUGAACGUCCUCGUGCGGCCCAACGCCCUCCUGCUACAGCAGGUCGACCUCGACACGGGCCUGGAAACCCAGCUGCUCGAUGGCGCACGAUGGAAGGGGGAGACGCUGGUCCUGGGAAGGGUGCUGUCCUGCGCUUCGCCGGGCUGGGACGUGGUGCCCGACAUGGAGACCAACUUUGCCGUGGAGGCAACUGUGAAGCUGAACGUGUGGCCUCAGCCUGACUGGCGAGGCAGCGUCAUCUCGCAGCAUGGAAGUGGCACAGGAUGGGAGCUUCGGCUUGGAGGACCAGGUGUGACGGCGCUCUUCACUACCGACUCCCACAAUGAGUUGAUGUUGCCGUGGAAGCUGCCCGACACGGGUGUUUGGCAUCACUUCUGCAUGAUCUACGAUGCCACGACCUGCAGGCUGUCGGUGCGGCCUGGGUGCAUGAGCAGCGUGAUACGGGGGGUGCUUGAGCUCAGGAUUCGGAGAUGA